AUGUCGUUGUCGCGCGCUUUUACAACCCGCCGGCUGCGAGGUGGCAGUGACCUCGCCGACAGCGCCAAGAUACCUCAGCGAAGCAACACCACCAAGAUUCCCUACAACAUUCGCGACAAGAUUUCAGCCCCGGUGCAGCUUCUUCACACCACCAACAUGCUGUCCUAUAAUGCUCCCGAUAUUCCGCGCUCGUCUCGCAGCAAUUCAACUACCAGCAAGUCAGGGUCAGAUGUUGAAUCCCAGGACACGGCGGAUUCCACACCCCCCACCAGUCCCGAUGUAUCUUCAUUACCAGAGCCGAAUCACUUGUCCUCGUACUUCAAACCUGCCGCACCAGCAUCGACGACCUUGCCCGUCAAGGCAGAGCCCCCCGCGAUUCCCAAGCGUUCUCCCUCGCACACCAAGAAGAAUUCAUUCGAAGCUAUUGCCCGCCAGAGAUCCGUCUCGCGCAUGUCUCGAGAUUCAGACCACUUCAUUUCCACCAAGGCUGGCCAACCGUUCUCUCGCCCUCAUUCGACGUCCACGAGAGCUUCAUCUGCCUCACACGCCCCAUCGCCAUUUGCUCAGAAGCAGUCCACGCCGGCGGCACGGCCAAACAAAUCAACUGCCUCGACCCAAGCUCAGGCCAAGGAUUCCCAUCCCUUCGGACAUGAGUUGGCCCAGGUCACUGAGCUCGCAGAAGAGUACAGCGUCAACAGUUGCCUAGACACUAUUGACGAGGAACAGCAGUAUCUCGAUAACCGAGGCCUUAAGAGGCUAAGCCCAGAUGACUACUUGAGCGCUAUCCAGGGUCUUUCGACAAUGUUCUUCCCCGAACGAAGUCACGCCACAUCAGCCGCACCCCUCUGGAUUUGA